GAGAGAGGUUCCCGAAUCUGGGCUGAGGAGCCGCUCAGCUGCCAACACUCUUACACUGCCGCCUGCUGCUGCUGCUGCUACUGCUGCUCUGGGCCAGAGAGGAGGAGGAGGAUAAUUAGGGAAAGAGAAGAAGGACUGGGGAGAGACAAAAAGAACUAAGGCAGGAAGAAAGAAAAACUCGAAAGACUUUUUUUCCUCUACAAGAGAAGAGAGCGCUACAUCAAAGCUGUGGGAGCACUUUAACCCCUGCAGAGGAGAGACGAGGGCGAGACACCUUAAGAGUCAGAAAUGGUCUGAAGCCAGCGUACGGUUUAGUGCAAUAUUCUAAGAUAUUUCUAGUUUCCUCCACCUAAAACCGGGAGAUUACCGGCUGCUCUUGCUGCUGCUGCUGCUGCUGUUGUCCGUCUGGAGGAGGUGAACGUUAGGGGCCGCGAGAGGAAGGGAAAAGCCUCGGAAAGGCAAGAGAAGUUGUGUGGAGUGGUUUGCUGACGAGGAGGAGGAGGAGGAGAAAGAGGAGGAAGAGCCGAAGGAAAAGAUGGGCUGGAAGAGUGGCUGCUGUCCGGGACGAUUGGACCUGCUCUGUGUAUCCGUCCUCUUUCUGGGCUUCUUAAUGCCCGUGUGCAGGACUCGAAUGUACACCAACCACUGGGCUGUGAAGAUAACGGGGGGAUUCCAGGAGGCCAACAGGAUAGCUAGCAAAUACGGAUUCGUCAAUAUAGGACAGAUUGGCGCAUUGAAGGAUUACUACCACUUCUACCAUAGUAGAACAAUUAAAAGAUCAGUUCUCUCAAGCCGAGGCACCCACAGCUUCAUUUCAUUGGAACCAAAGGUGGAGUGGAUUCAACAACAGGUAGUAAAAAAACGGAUAAAGAGGGAUUAUGAACUCAGUGGCACCCACUCUACUUAUUUCAAUGAUCCCAAGUGGCCAAGCAUGUGGUACAUGCACUGCAGCGAUAACACUCAUCCCUGCCAGUCAGAUAUGAAUAUCGAAGGGGCUUGGAAAAGAGGCUACACCGGAAAAAACAUUGUGGUCACUAUCCUGGAUGAUGGCAUCGAGCGGACCCACCCGGAUCUGAUGCAAAAUUACGAUGCUCAGGCAAGUUUCGAUGUGAACGCAAAUGAUUUCGACCCGAUGCCCCGCUAUGAUGCAAGCAACGAGAACAAGCAUGGGACUCGUUGUGCUGGAGAAGUGGCAGCCGCUGCAAACAACUCACACUGUACAGUAGGAAUUGCAUUCAAUGCCAAGAUUGGAGGAGUGCGAAUGCUAGAUGGAGAUGUGACAGACAUGGUGGAAGCAAAAUCAGUCGGUUUAAAUCCCCAGCAUGUGCACAUCUAUAGUGCGAGUUGGGGUCCCGAUGAUGACGGCAAAACAGUAGAUGGACCUGCCCCUCUGACCCGUCAGGCCUUUGAAAAUGGCAUCCGUCUGGGAAGAAGAGGUCUUGGUUCUGUUUUUGUUUGGGCAUCUGGAAAUGGUGGAAGGAGCAGAGACCAUUGCUCAUGCGAUGGCUACACGAAUAGCAUCUACACCAUCUCUAUAAGCAGCACAGCUGAAAGUGGCAAGAAACCUUGGUACCUGGAAGAGUGUUCAUCCACACUGGCCACGACUUACAGCAGCGGUGAAUCCUAUGACAAGAAAAUAAUCACUACGGACCUGCGGCAGCGUUGCACAGAUAACCACACGGGAACUUCAGCCUCUGCUCCUAUGGCUGCAGGCAUCAUUGCUCUGGCACUGGAAGCAAAUCCAUUCCUGACCUGGAGAGAUGUGCAACAUGUUAUUGUUAGGACUUCCCGUCCAGGACAUUUGAACGCCGAUGACUGGAAAACCAAUGCUGCUGGAUUGAAGGUGAGCCAUCUCUAUGGAUUUGGACUGAUGGAUGCCGAAGCCAUGGUAAUAGAAGCAGAAAAGUGGACCACAGUCCCACAACAGCAUGUGUGUGUGGAAAGCACGGACCGGCAAAUCAAAACAAUCCGCCCCAACAGUGCAGUGCGCUCCAUUUAUAAAGCCUCUGGCUGCUCUGAGAAAUCCAACCACCACGUCAACUACCUGGAACACGUGGUUGUCCGCAUCACCAUCACACACCCCCGGCGGGGGGAUCUGGCUAUCUAUCUCACUUCACCCUCAGGAACCAAGUCCCAGCUGCUAGCCAACAGAUUAUUCGAUCAUUCUAUGGAGGGAUUCAAAAACUGGGAGUUCAUGACUGUUCACUGCUGGGGUGAAAGGGCAGCAGGUGAUUGGGUCCUCGAAAUUUAUGAUACUCCAUCUCAGCUGAGGAACUUCAAGACUCCUGGCAAAUUGAAGGAAUGGUCCUUGGUUCUGUAUGGCACAUCUCUCCAACCUUACUCGCCAACAAAUGACUUCCCUAAAGUGGAGCGAGUGCGCUCCAGUAGAGUGGAGGACCCCACGGAAGACUACCCUCCAGAUGAUUACACAGGUCUGUGUGACCCUGAAUGCAGCGAAGUAGGAUGUGAGGGUCCAGGACCAGAUCACUGCAAUGACUGCCUACACUACUACUACAAAUUGAAAAACAACACUCGAAUCUGUGUCUCAAACUGCCCCUCGGGUCACUACCACGCGGACAAGAAACGCUGCCGAAAGUGUGCCCCCAGUUGUGAGUCCUGCAUCGGAAGCCACAGCAACCAAUGUCUCACCUGUAAAUUGGGCUACCAUCUGAAUGAAGAAACCAGCAGUUGCAUCUCUGACUGCCCUAAUGGAUUUUACCUGGAUCUCUAUAAAAAUGUAUGCAGGAGAUGCAACGAAAACUGUAAGACCUGUACGGAAUUCCAAAACUGCACAGAAUGCAGACACGGCCUGAGCUUACAUGGAUCCAGAUGUUCUAUCACCUGUGAAGAUGGGCAGUACUAUAAUGGCAAGGACUGUGAACGCUGUCACCGCUUCUGUGCCACGUGUGCUGGCUCCGGAGCAGAUGCAUGCAUAAACUGCACAGAAGGUUACUUCAUGGAGGAUGGGAGAUGUGUACAGAGCUGUAGUAGUGGUUAUUACCCUGAUCACUCAUUGGAUAAUGGAUACAAAUCCUGCAGAAAAUGUGAUGCCAGCUGUUUGUCUUGUAAUGGUCCUGGGGACAGAAACUGUACGAGUUGCCUAAGUGGAUAUCUCUUAGAUACAGGGGUCUGCGUCCUGGGAGCAAUCUGUAAGGAUGGGGAGUACAUCGAUGACAGCAGCCACUGCCAGUCCUGUGACGAAUCCUGUUUCAAGUGCCAGGGCCCAACCAAAGAAGACUGCAUCGCUUGUCCUGGCACAAGGAUUUUUGAUAAUGGCUGCUGUGUUGUGCACUGUGCCCCAAAGAAAUUUGAGUUUGACAAACAAUGCCAUCCCUGCCACCACACCUGCCAGGAAUGCCAGGGAAGCGAGCCCUACAACUGUACCUCAUGUGGCAUAGAUAAGUUUAAGAAAGAACGCUUUCUGUACUUGGGAGAGUGCCGGGAAGGCUGCCCUCCAAGUUACUAUCACGCAGAGAACACCUGCCUACCUUGCCCAGAAAACUGUGACGUGUGCAGCGACUCUGCCUCUUGUAUCCGGUGCGUGGGUGGAUACAAACUGCUGACAAACAAGACCUGCCAGAAGUUAAAAUGUGGCCCGGUCUCAAUCCUGACCCUCUCCUUGAGGGCCCUGACAAUGUCUUCUGGGUCCAGAGGGCUGUGGUGGGGUGAGACUCCCAGACCCAUCGAAAGAAUUUCAUCUUUGAUAGUAGAAGAGUUGUUGGAAAGCAUUAAAAUGCGGGAAUGUGAUGGAAUUUAUUGGAACACAAGCCACAGUUUAGUCAUACUUAUAGUGCAGCUGCCCCUGAAAGGGCUGGAAUUAAAUCUCAUGGCACAAACAUGCUCUAGACAACAGGCUGGCCUUCUCAUGGGAUCUCUGUUUGGGAAAAUUCACUUCCAAACGGAGAGCUUAAAUGCUGAUUCGAGCUCAGCCCAAAUGAAGAAGGACUCCUUAGAUUGCAUCAGACAUCAGACGAACUGGGAACUUUUAGAUGAUUUCCUUAAAUGUGAUCCUCCCAAAAGCAGAAUGUCAAACUGUCUUCUGAUCACUUCCAGAAAUCAACCAGAGGCCAAUUCUUUGGCAAAUGAAAAGCUCAUGAGCUUUGCUAACCAGGAGUCAAACUACCAGCAAACAACAGUGUGGCCACCAUAUAGGUAUGCCAGCAAACCAGAAAGAAUCAAAGUAGUUGGGUCAGACAAAGGCCCCUUGGACCAGGAUUAUGAAAGACAGGAAGAAAGCCACAGGAACCUCAGGGGAUCAUGCCUAGGCGGGGAAACGGGAGGAGUCGGCCUGCUCCUGACUCUCCGAUACCAGGAUCACACCAUCCCUCGCUCUCCAUCCAUCACUUUCUCUUCCUUUGAAAUCCACAUCAUCUGCCUUUACCACCCACGAAAAUUACUAGUAGCCGUUAUAUUCCACCCCCUAGGCUUGCUACUGAAAAAAAGCCCUUUGGCUCCAAAAAAAAAAAUGGGGCCAAGAGAUGACUGCAGCAGACUAGGAAUGUGCCUUGCUGGCCUAGUGCAAACGCAGCUCCAGGCUAGAUUAAAAGGAUUUGGCCACCUGGCUGACAUGGGUUAUGAACUGAUGAAGAUUUCCACAGCCCUAAAGAUUCACAAAUCAAAAUUGAACAGCAAUGAUGGCCCCCCCUUUUGUUUUUUCAGCUUGGCUCUUGCAGAGUUGGACAUCUCAGGAUCCAAAGGGCUGUUCACUCUUGCUCCAGGGGACUCCAACUCUAGGCUUUUGGCCUUUUCAGAUAUAACCCAGUUUGUCAUUCCAGGGGAUCCAGAAACCUGCAAAUCAUGCAAUACGGGGUUCUACUUGUUUGAAAACCAUUGCUAUAAAACCUGCCCUGAGAAGACCUACAGUGAAGACUUCAGUUGUCAAGCAUGUGGACAGAAUUGCCGCAACUGCAAUAAAAAUGAGUGCUAUGAAUGUGAAAUUGGCUUUUAUCUCUUUGGGAACAGCUGUGUCAGCGAAUGCACCCCAGGUUCCUUUAGCGAUCCUGAAAACCAAGAGUGUGAACCCUGCCACCACACCUGCAAGACCUGCAAGGGACACCGGAAUGAUGAAUGCAGUAGCUGCAAGGGGGUUAUGCAGCUCGUGGAUGGGAAGUGUUUGAAUCCAUCGAAGGUCCCAAAGGGAAACACGAUCUUGAGCGGCAUCUUGAAAAAAAUUUAUCCUUGUCACUCUUCUUGUAAAACUUGUAAUGGAUCUACCUUGGCAUGCACCUCAUGCCCACAAGGAAAGUUGCUUGACUCCCAAGUCUGCGUCUCUUCCUGUCCCCAAGGAACCUGGCCCUCAGAGAUGAGUGGGAAAUGUGAGAGGUGCAUGGAUGACUGUGUCUCAUGCACGAGCGCUACUCAUUGCCUCCAGUGCCUGUCUCGUCUGGACCAUCCACUCUACCUGCACCAAGGAAGAUGCUACACAAGUUGUCCUGAGGGCAAUUUUGCCAAAACUGGCAACUGCACAAAGUGUGACCCAAUGUGCAAGACAUGUGAAGGAAAUGCCACCAGCUGCCAGUCAUGCGACCAUCAACUCCUUCUAGAGCAGGGAAAGUGCAAGGUCUCCUGUUCUGAGAGGCAUGUCGCCGUGGAGGGUGUCUGUAAGCGUUGCCCGGAGAAGUGUGAAGAUUGCAUUCAUGAAGAAACAUGCAAAGAAUGCUUGCCCAAUUUCUUCCUGUACAAUGAUGGAUGUCAUGAAAAGUGCCCCUCUGGCUUCUACUCUGACUCCCACAACUGCUUCUCCUGCCACGAGGACUGCCUGGAAUGCAGUGGGCCAGAAGCCGAAGACUGUAACCGCUGCAGCUCAGAUUCCUCUGUCUUGUACAAUGGGCAGUGUUUAAGUAGGUGCCCAGUAGGGACUUACUUCGAAGAAAGAACUGGAGAUUGUAAAGAUUGCCACAAGACCUGUCACACCUGCUCCUCGGCUUCGGCCUGCAGCUCCUGUAAACAAGGCCUGGGGAUGAACAGUCAGGGCAUCUGUCUCACGCACAAGGACUGUUCCCGUUCUGAGUACCGAGAUACAGCGACAGAGACCUGUAGGCCUUGUCACAGGAAAUGCUUUCGCUGCAUGGGCCCAGCUGAGGAUCAGUGCCUGAGCUGCCCAGGAGACUGGUGUCUUCUCAAUACAACCUGUGUGAAAGACUGCCCUGCCGGCUAUUAUAUAGAAGAACACCGCUGUUCUGCCUGCCACAGCACUUGUGAAACGUGUGAUGGACCGUAUAGCACCAAGUGCCUCUCCUGCCGGCCGGACUCGUUCCAACUGGGAAAUCAAUGUCUGCAGAUCUGCAGGGAAGGGUAUUUUGCCAACAACUCCAGCAGAAAUUGUGAGAAAUGCAACAAGAGCUGUAAGACUUGUGUGGGGCCUCAGUCCACAGACUGUCUGGCUUGCGAUUCGCAUUUCUUCCUGUUGCGCUCCAAAGGAAAGUGUUCCCGUGACUGCCCUGAGAAUUACUACAAGGACCUGAACAUACACACCUGUGAGAGAUGUCACCCAACCUGCAAGGAGUGCAGUGGAAAGGGCCCAUUGAAAUGUUUAUCCUGCGUGUGGAGCUACAAUUUCAUGGAUGGAAUAUGCAACUCGGACUGCCUUACGGGAGAAUACAGUGUGGGAGAGAAGGAAAAAUUGGAGUGUGCAAAGUGUGAUGAGAGCUGCAUAGAGUGCAAGGGUCCUGGACCCCAAAACUGCACCGUGUGUCCUGCUAACAUGAUGCUCCUUGGAGACGAGGGCCGCUGCCUGCCCUGCUGUAAUGGUUCCAGCCCUGUGGAUGCCCUGGAGUGCUGCGACUGCUUGGAAUUCGUGGAUGAAUGUUUACUCAGAAUGGGCCCCGUUGUGCCCAAAUCAGAGAAUUCCAAGAAGACGACUCUGUUCAUCAUUUCUUCCAUCAUGCUGGUCCUCCUUCUAGGAGCCAUGGGAUAUGUCUGGAGGCGGUCACAAGCCAAAGCCCAAUCAGGUAACAAGACCAGGUACGAGAAACUGUUAGACCACAACAAGACCUACUCCUCCUCCUCCUCCAAGAACAACCUCCAUGAAAGCACCAGCUUCCAGGAGGAUCAGGUGAUAGAGUAUAAAGACCCGGACUAUCUAGAUGAGGAGGAGGAUGAUGACAUUGUCUACAUGGGCCAGGAUGGCACGCUCUACCGCAAAUUCAAGUAUGGACUUCUGGAUGAUGAUGACGAAGAUGAGUUGGAAUACGAUGAUGAGAGCUACUCCUUCAAAUGAACUGGGGCAGAGGGAUAUAUUUUUCCCCUGUGGGUUUUUUCUUUUUCAUCUUUUUAACAUUGAAUGCAGUCCGGCACUUGUAGGUAUCUGCCUAAGAUCACUCAGCUCAGAUACAGAUCAACAUUCAUUGAGUCUCUUCCAAAAGGAAGAGAUUGAGUGGUGUAUUCUCCAGGGCAGGAAGCCCCGAGGGAAAACCGAUAAGUUGUCUCCAAGCUAUUGCGUGUGAUAAAACAGCUUCUUGUGCACCAUUUCCACACUGUAUAUAUGACUUGUGGGUGGUUUCUGGGACCUGCUUCAGGGCAACUUUUGAAUCAAUUUUUCUUUUAAGGGUCUCUUUGCUUUGAACUCCCUUUGGUCCCAUCUUUAAAUCGACAGGAUUGGGAAAGAAGCCCCCUCCCCUCCCUUCCCUCCACAUACCAUCACUACCACCACCAGGGCUGGAUUAAUGCUGUCGCAGUGGAGCAACUGGCCCAAGCCCCACAUUUCCAGUUGUUUCCAAGACCGGGCCAGACUAGAAAAUCCUGGUGGUCCAGUAUGAACUCACAGAAGCCCCUUUAUUUCAACUAUAUCAUUUUUUCUUCAAGUCAGCUCGGAGAACAACACAGAGGAAAUUUUUUAAAAAAGGCUCCUCAGACCUCUCCUCUUUCCCUUCCCUUGUCCCACUCUCAGGUCCGGCCCUGAAUGUUCACAGUCCUGCCCAGCUCCAAGCUACCAGCACCCUUAAUCCAGAUGCAGUCUUUUAGACUGUGAGCCCACUGUUGGGUAGGGACUGUCUCUAUAUGUUGCCAACUUGUACUUCC